AAAUACCAAACCUUGGAAGUUGGAACCGAGCGAUUGUGUUGCAUAAAUAGUUUAUAAACCGAGUGUUAUAAGGAAUUAGUUUGCAUUUUAGCAUUAUUCAGAAAAAUCGCUUCCAAAAUGAGAAUUUCCAAAAAAAAAAAUAAAAAUAAAAAAAAAAUCACCAAGAGAGACUGGAGAGAGUAAAGAAAAGAGAGGGAAAGGCCGAAAGUUGAGAUAAAAGGCAUAGGCGCGCCUUUGAGCUGGGGUUUAGCAGGGGUUUUUGUAGAACCCUAGAUACCACUUACAGCAAAUUAAUUGUUACACUGUGCGAUUGUUCACGCUAAUUUCAGCGAUUGAACUCUGAAUUCGGUGAUUUAUCUUUCUCUCUCCUCAAAAAUGGCGGAUUUGCUCACUUCUUCGUUGUCGCAGAGUUUCCGCACUGUUCCUCCGGCAGCAGUUCCAGCAAUGUUAGACUGUAUUUCAACUUCUACUGGUGUAUCGCAUUCAUCCCUCUUUGAUUCGCUUCUUCCAGAUUUUUCCAAUCUCAUUAAGGUGAUUAUUGAGGAUAAUAAGAAGUUAGAUUAUGAGGAAUGUGCAUUUAUUGUAUCCUACUUGUGUGGGCUCUCUCAUCUUAUGAAGAAAAUUGUUGGGUUUUCCUUGGACAUGUGUCAAAACGAAGAUAAAUCUGUCAUUGUAUGGAGUAGGUGUUCCAUCUUUCAGAGCUCAAGAGACUUGCAGAAAUCGGUUAGCAUAUGUGAUAAUGCUCCAGUUCUUCCAUUGACUCUGUCAUGCUACAUUUUGAGCCGCCUACUGGAUGCUGCAGCAGAGAAUUACCAGGCUGUGAAAGGCUCCUCCAUAUCAGGGAACAUCCAAUCAGAAACGUUUUGUGGUAAUCUGUUAUGGGAUCUAUGCAAUUUGACUAUCCAAAUGCUUUCACAGAGUCUUGAUCAUAGGUCUUGCACCACUAGUCUUCUGCUCCCAUCCAUUUUUAAAGCAUUUUCUUUGAAGUGCUCAUAUGAAGUUUGUAUUCAAGGUGAAAGCUGCUGUAUAUCCAGGCAACAUUUCUUCAUGAAUCUAUGGAAGUGUUCCCGAGUUCUUUUUGCCAUGGGACUUGCAGAAAGGAGAGAUGCAUAUGGUAUAAUCUCUCUGUAUUUGUCUUAUUUUUCUUCUGUUGAUCGGUCUCAAGUGGAAAUGGAUGAUCAUAGAGCUGAAGAAUUUGACGUAAGAGCUGAAAAGGAAUUUUGGAAUGAAAUUAAAAGAGGCUUGGUUGAAAACGAAGGCUUGAUAAGGAAGCAAUCUUUAUACAUACUGAAGAGAGUAAUGCUUAUAAAUGAUGGAGGGCAGCUUAACCCAGUUGUUACAGAGAAAAAGUCACGCCAAAGAGGUCCAGUUCCUCAUGGUAUGACAAAAAGGGAUGUCUGGGCCGAAGAGGAAGCCAAAUCAUUAGGUGUUGGGCAAAUAUGCCUCUCAGCUGAUGUAUAUUUGAGUGAAAAGCAGAAGUGGGAGGCAUUCGUACUUCUUUAUGAGAUGCUUGAUGAAUAUGGCACUCACUUGGUUGAGGCUGCAUGGAAUCAUCAGAUUAUGCUGCUACUCCAAUCUUGUGUUUACCAUGAAAGUGUUAUGGAUCCUGAAGCAUCCAAUCAGCAAAUUAAUAUGCUUGGUGGCAACUUUGGCUGGCUAGCUAUUUUAUGGGAACGGGGACUUUUUCAUGAUAAUCCACAUGUUAGGUGCAUGAUUAUGAAGUCUUUUUUGGAUAUUGAAUGGAAGAAUCAGGACAACUGCAGAGCUUUGUUUCCAGAGAAAUUUAUAAUUGGUGCCUUUAUGCAUGGGCUGAAUGAUCCAGUUCACCACAAAGAUUUUGGUCUGAAAGGUUUCCACUCUUCCAAAACGAUUGAAGGUGCCUCUAAGUUCUUGUACCAAUACUGUAAAUUCUUACAUGGGAGGGAACACAUUUUAUUUUUACGCAAGUUAGCAUCUGUAGCAAGACAGCAGUCUCUUGGCCGAGCUGGUUUAAUGAGCCUAUCAGAAUGCAUCUUUUCUGCAAGCAAAUCUUCAAAAAAUUUCUCAGCCGAGGGGCAUGUGGGUACUGGUGCUGCCAGACAAUGCAUAAAUGCCUUGCCUACUUUAAAUGGCAUGGAGUCUUCAAGAACUCAACAUUGGGCCGAUAAAGCUGACUUUAUUGACAGUCUGAGGUUUCUUGUUGAAAAUUGCAAACAGCACUUCAAUCCUAAUUACCGUCUCAGAGUUUGCGAGAGAGUACUAGAAGCUGCUGUUUCAGUUGUUUGUCCUGAAGAGCUUUCCCUUGAGACAAUUUUGCACUUCAUAGCAGCUUUACCACGUGAAUUUACUGAUACUGGGGGUUCUUUAAGGUUCAAAGUGCAGAAAUGGUUUAUAGGGAAUCACAAGCUGAAUAAUGCUACAAAUUGCGCUAGUGACAAAAUGCAAAUUGUGCGAAGUCUGUGGGACUUCUUGGGAAGAUUUUCCUCUCAUAUAAAAAUUUCUGAUGUCGAAUUUCAUUAUGAUGAUGAAGACUUGGUUGCAUGGUUCACUGAAGCAGAAAGAUGGGCUAGAGUUCUGUUUCUUUAUGUGGAGGAUGAACACCAGUUAGACCCUCUUUUUAGGUUUAUUGAAGAAAAGGGUGUCAGUUCCUGUCAACAAGGCAACUUGGGGGAGACAAUACCUGUGAAGUAUCUCAUAUUGCUCUUGAGCCUGGUUCAUGAGUUAGAAUUUAUGCAGCUAGGCUCUGAUGAGUGCACUAAAACACAACUUAAAGUCGAGUUGAAUGGCACUGCUGAUAAGAAUUGUCUUAUUGCUGAAAAGUUUGCUGAUGUUUUCCUGGUCAUAUUGAAGGACUUGAUCUCAUUUGCUGAAUCGUCUUGUUCAAUAUUCUGGUCUCAUGUUGUGGUGGACGGUAGACUACCUGGUUCUGUAACUGGAAAGCUAGGAGGCCCUAGUCGGAGGCGUUUAUCUUCUCCUAUGACAACUGCUGUCUUGCAAGCUAUUGUGUCUGUGAGAACUGUUGCAACUGUCUCAUCAUGGUGCACACAUUUCAAAGAUGAUGCUGGACUAAAUCUUGCUUUCACGUUCUUGUGGAAUUUCUUGCAUUUGGUGGUUUCUUCAGCUUUUGGUGAUUGUGAGACUAGUGCGGAGAUUAACUUGGCUGCAUAUGAAGCUCUGAGUUUUGCCCUUAAAGCUUCUGCUCCAGUGAAUUCUUCUUCAACUGUCUUUAAUACUCAAGACAAGAAUAGCACCUUAGAUCCAGUGGCAAAGAAUAGGCCACUUCUUGAUUCCCUGGUCCUGACAUUUCUCAAUCACAUAAAUGGUUUACUUGGUAUUCAGCAAUUAGCCCGAACAAGGAGGGCUAUAUUAAUGAACUGGAAGUGGAUGUGCCUAGAAGCUAUAUUAUCUAUUCCAUACCAUGCUUUUCAAAAUGGAGUCCAGUUUGGACAUGAUAAUACUUUCUUCUCAAAUGAUGCUGUCAGCUUUAUCUUUGCUGACCUUGUUGAGAGCCUAGAGACUGCUGGAGAAGAUUCUGCUUUGUCCAUGCUGAGAUCAGUCAGAAUGGUUUUGGAUCUAUUAACUUCGAGUAGUUCAUUUGUCUCUGGCUGUAAUGGGGUUGAUGCACAGAUGAUAUGGCAAUUGGUUAGGUCUUCAUGGAUACUGCACAGUAGCUGUAAUAAACGAAGGGUUGCACCAAUUGCAGCGCUUCUCUCCGCUGUCCUGCAUGCAUCUGUUUUCAGAUUAGAGGAAAUGCAUGUGACUGAUAUAGGACCUGGCCCUUUGAAGUGGUUAUGCGAAAAGGUUUUUGAAGAAGGCAUAAAAAGUCCUCGUACGAUUCGUCUUGCAGCUCUUCACUUGACUGGGUUAUGGCUCUUAAACCCUGGGGUCAUAAAGUAUUACGUGAAAGAGCUAAAGCUUUUGACUCUAUAUGGAUCUAUUGCUUUUGAUGAAGAUUUUGAAGGGGAACUAACAGAGAAUGGUGAUGCAAGAACUGAAGUGUCAUUGCUGGCAAAAGUUCCAGAUAGUGAGAUCACAAACGCUUAUAUUAAUACAGAGCUCUAUGCUCGAGUUUCUGUUGCUGUGCUCUUUUACAAGCUGGCAGAGGUAGCUAAGAUGGCUGGGUCUGGAAGAGAAACUGAUAAGAGCUGUUCUGCCAUAGAAUCUGGAAAAAUGUUUUUGUUGGAGCUUCUUGACUCCACGGUUAAUGACAAGGAUCUUGCAAAAGAGCUAUAUAAGAAGCAUAGUGCGACUCAUCGUCGAAAAGUCCGGGCUUGGCAAAUGCUAUGUAUUCUAUCAAGAUUUAUUGAUCAGGAUAUUGUUCUGCAAGUAAUACAGAGCUUGUCCAUAUCCUUAGAAACAACUUGCCUGCAGUUCGGCAGUACUUGGAAACUUUUGCAAUACAUGUUUACCUUAAUUUUCCAUUCUUGUGUCACGGCAGAGAAGUGGGUUCCCAUCAUAGAGGUCCCAGUGAAUAGUGUCAAAAACUUUCUGGAGAAAAAAAAGCGAGAGGGUUUUGCAAUUUUGGGAUUGGAGCAAACUGCAAAUAGCAUACCCCUGGACAAGUACAGCUUCCCCCAACGAACGGUCCUUGUUCUUGGCCGUGAAAAGGAGGGUAUACCUGCUGAUAUAAUCCAUGUUUUGGAUACUUGCAUUGAAAUCCCACAGUUAGGGGUUGUUAGGUCUCUCAAUGUUCAUGUUAGUGGUGCCAUAGCUAUCUGGGAAUAUACUCGUCAGCAGAGAUCUAGAUAAAUCAGUCAUUUUGUGUCUAAUGAAAUUUAAUUCAAGAUCCGUGCAUGAAUCUUCAUGCUGUUAAAUUUUAUGACUCGUGUUCUCUGUAAUGCUUCAAUUAUAGUUAUUUUUUUGUAAGAACGUCUUACCAAGGUUAUAUCCCUCCAGGCCACUCCUUGGUAGUUUUACUUUCUUUUUGAUAUAAACAUAGAGUAGACAAAGGGUCUUAAGAUUUGCUCCAAUGUCAUGCGACAUUGAUAGUAUUCAGGUCAAAUGAUAAUAGUCUUAUGACAAUCAAAUAGUAUAGACUGAAUCAUUCUUUUGUUAUCCCUGUUCCCCCUUUUCUUCUUUUUAUGACUUAUCA